CCGGACGCCUUCUCCUGAUCGCUUUCCGGCGGUGCGCAACUGCCAGGCUGCCACUGUGCGGGUGCGUCCCGCUGGUCGCUGCGAUCCUGGCUUCUGAUCCUGGCGGCGGGUCCUCUGUGGCGCGGCUCUGGCCCCAUCUACGAGGUGGCCCUGGCCCGGGUCCCCGUCGCGCCGAUCCGCGGCUCCCGUUUGUGCUCGAGGCUGUCCGAGACCCCCGGCGACUGAGGACACGGACCCAGGCCGGCCGGCCCCGCGGGCUGCCCAGGGCGGCGCAGUACCGGCGGCGGGCGGCGCCGGAGGCCAUGCCCCUCCAUGUGCGCUGGCCGUUCCCCGCCGUGCCGCCGCUCACCUGGACCCUGGCCAGUAGCGUCGUCAUGGGCCUGGUGGGCACCUACAGCUGCUUCUGGACCAAGUACAUGAACCACCUCAUCGUCCAUAACAAGGAGGUGCUGUAUGAGCUCAUCGAGAACCGAAGCCCCACCACGCCCCUCAUCACCGUUUCCAACCACCAAUCCUGCAUGGACGAUCCUCACCUCUGGGGGAUCCUGAAGCUCCGCCACAUCUGGAACCUGAAGCUCAUGCGCUGGACCCCAGCAGCAGCGGAUAUCUGCUUCACCAAGGAGUUCCACUCGCGCUUCUUCAGCCUGGGCAAGUGCGUGCCUGUGUGCCGAGGAGAUGGCGUCUACCAGCGGGGCAUGGACUUCAUCCUGGACAAGCUCAACCACGGAGACUGGGUGCACAUCUUCCCGGAAGGGAAGGUGAACAUGAGCUCUGAGUUCCUGCGCUUCAAGUGGGGAAUUGGGCGCCUGAUUUCUGAGUGUCACCUGAACCCUGUCAUCCUGCCGCUGUGGCACGUUGGAAUGAAUGACGUCCUUCCUAACAGCCCACCCUACUUCCCUCGCUUUGGACAGAAAAUCACUGUGCUCAUCGGGAAGCCCUUCAGUGCGCUGCCCGUGCUCGAGCGGCUCCGGGUGGAGAACAAGUCAGCCGUGAGUUUCCUCCCAGCCCCUUGGUCUGCCAGGGGGCCACCCAUGGUCCCCAGGUCCAGGCCAGCCCAGUCCUCGCCCCCAGGUGGAGAUGCGCAAGGCCCUGACCGACUUCAUCCAGGAAGAGUUCCAGUGCCUCAAAAGCCAGGCCGAGCAGCUGCACAGCCGCCUGCAGCCAGGGAGCUAGGCCCGAGCCCAUCCACCGGCCGCAGCCAUCCAGGCCCAGGCCAGUGUGCUGGGCUCAGGGUGGUGCCAGGUGGGCCCAGACCAUGUUCAGUGCCUGCUUCCAGCUGGUGCUGCAGCCCAAGGAAGGGCUCUGUGCUGCUGGCCUCUGGGCCAUGGAGCCAGAGGAGACUGAGACAGGGCUGCUCCUGGGGCUGGCAUUGGGAGGGCCAGAGUGGGCUGGCUGGUGGGGACAGGCAGCUCAUGAGGCCAUCCAGCCUGGUUCUCCUUGCCCACUUGCCAGUCCAGAAGCUGCUUACCACCUCCUCAGGGAUGGCUGUUGCCAUGUCUUCCUUUCUUUUUUUUUUGAGACAGGGUUUUGCUCUGUAGUUCUGGCCAAUCUGAACUCACUUUGUAGCCCAGUGGCCUGCAACUUUGGGCAAUCCUCCUGCCUCAUCCUCCUGAGUGCUGGGAUGGCAGGUGUGCACUACCAUGCCCGGCUCCCAUGUCUUCCUCCUUGUAGCCCAAGUUCCUCACUCUGGGCCCUGGCCCUGGGCAGGGUGGUCACAGUAGCCCACAGGCCGUAAGAGCAGAAGAUGAGCCCAGGCAGUUUGUGGCAAGGCCUGCCCUGUGCAGGGCCACUGACUGUCCAUCCUCCUGCUCUCAAAGCCCGCCUGGCCUGGGUCAGGGUUUCUGGUUUUUAAACAAUAAAGCAUUUGUGUUGUGCUAUUGUA